AAUGCGGAAAUGCUGUAGUCUCUGAAGACCGUUCUUAAACAGACAGCGUCUAUUAUGAGCGGCAGAUGGCGACACCGAACAGCUGAAGAGUCCAUGAGGGAAGUAGCUGCGUAUCCUAAAAAAAUUUAUACACACGAGUCUUGAAGGAAAGUUGCGUCUGGUGUCUUCGGGAAAGAGUAAAUCGAGAUAUCGGAGAAGAAUGUUUCGAUGAAUCCACGUCGCGCUUCGGAGUCAUCUUGAAUCAUUGCGAAUGCUGUCAAGAAGUCUUUAGUUCGGACCCUUCGUUUCCUGGAAAAACAACAUUAUGUCCAAGGAUAAAAAUGGAGAGAAGCGGAGGCUUUCCAAAUGGCUGGACUAUGGCAGCAUCAAUGGAGAAGGACAGACAGAGCCAUGUCCUACCUGUCAGGGCACAGGACGCAUCCCGAGAGGUCAGGAAAACCAACUUGUGGCAGUUAUUCCUUGCAGCGACCAAAGGCUGAAACCUCACCACACGAAACUGUAUGUGUUUAUAUCAGUGGGGCUUUGCCUUUUGAUCUGCUCCCUGAUCCUGUUUUUCCUCUUCCCACGGAGUAUGGAUAUGUCAUCUGUAGAACUAAAGUCAUCUAUGGUCUAUUUCACUCCAGAUAGCGUUAAAAUGGUGAUCACGCACGAAAUGAACCUUACCAACCAGAACUUUGUCAGUAUCACAGCUGAUAAUCUUGGUGUACAAUCAUUCAUCUUCGAGACGGUGGUAGGCAACAACAAGCUACCCAAUGUCACCAUACUUCCUCCUCGAUCACAGAAAACGAUUAAAUUUAUAGCUGACAUUGUCAUUGAUGACCCUGGCCUUAAUAAUUACUGCAAGUCACGUUCCUUUCCGAUUCACACUUUAUUCUUGCAUUUGCAACUGACUAUCAAAGUCUCCUACCUGUCCCAUUCAGAGCAGAUGUCCACAGAUGCCUAUGAGUAUAUUGACUGUGGAGUAAAUUCAACUACUCCUCAUCAUUCCCCUCUGCUUUGAGACAAAACCUUUGCCGAUGUAUGGCCACGAAUACUGUUAUAAAAAUCAGAACAGGCUGCUUUUAUGUCAUAGUUUACUAGUUCAUUUAAAAAUAACGAUAGUAACAUAUGAUACAAUGUAAAUAUCACCGGAACUAUUCAUUUGCGCUAUUAACGUAGACCACUUUUCUUGUAUGUUGAUUUGUUAAUCAGUGUUUACAUGAUAUAAAUGUGUUUUAAAGUUUGCACAACACGAAAUUACACAUUAAAUGA